AUGACGGACGAGGAGCAAAAUACAAAUAUCUGCAUGGUUCUCAAGCGUGAGGAUGAUUCCUGUGGCGAGCCAUUCUCAAGUGAAAAGUUGCUAGCACUUUUGACCGAACUCUCGUUUAACUUGGAUGUGGAUCGUCUUAACCUCGAGGAAUUAGCAUCUAUGAUAUGUAAGCUACUACCUAAUAAAAUAACUGUCUAUGAAUUGUAUGACUUGGUAGCGGAGUCGCUUGCUUCGAGAGUUGUGUUCCAUCCAGAUCAUUCCAUAUUGGCAGGAAGAGUAAUUUCUAGGAAAUUGCAAUUAACGCUAAGUAACAUUAAAUUCUCAGAUAAUGUUGCAAGAUUGAAUUCGGUUUCAAAAGCGAGAGACUUGAGUCUAUUAUCUGAGAAAUUUUGCAAUAUCGUGAUGGAACAUAAGGAAUUCUUGGAUUCCAUAAUUGAUGAAGGUAGGGACUACGAAUUUUCAUUCUUCGGAAUAAAAACUCUAGAGAAGCUGUAUCUUUUAAAGCUUGAAAAAGAUAACAGAAGAUCUCGAAAGCUAGAUAGAUAUAGGGAUUUGGAAGCAAAAACAACUAAAGAGGAGCUUUUUGGUGUUGUGGAAACGCCGCAGUUUAUGUUCUUAAGAGUAGCACUUGGAAUCCAUGGCGAGGAUAUGGCAUCUGUAAAGGAAACUUAUGAUCUCAUGUCUCAGAAGUAUUUCAUACAUGCUUCACCAACCUUAUAUAAUGCAGGAAGCGAUUUCAAUUUCUUGUCGUCCUGCUUUUUGGUAGCUAUGGAAGACGAUUCCAUUGACGGUAUAUACAAGACUUUGCAUACCACAGCAUUGGUUUCCAAGGCUUCAGGUGGUAUUGGUCUACAUGUUCACAAUAUCAGAGGUAAUGGAUCAUACAUCAGGUCCACCAAUGGUGUAUCUUCAGGGUUAAUUCCCAUGCUAAGAGUCUUUAACGAUACAGCAAGAUACGUUGACCAAGGCGGAAAUAAGAGACCCGGGGCGUUUGCUAUAUACCUAGAGCCUUGGCACUGCGAUAUAUUUGAGGUGUUGAAUAUGAGGAAAAACCACGGCAAGGAAGAGUUGCGUGCUAGGGAUUUAUUCUUUGGCUUGUGGGUUCCAGAUUUAUUUAUGAAAAGAGUUAAAAAUGAUGAAAACUGGUCCCUAUUCUCUCCGGAUGAAGCUCCAGGGUUAGCCGAUUGUUAUGGAGAUGAGUUCGAAACCUUGUACUUGAAAUAUGAAAAAGAAGGGAGAGCCAUGGAUACAGUUCGAGCUCAAAAGAUAUGGUUAGCAAUUAUCGAAUCUCAAACUGAGACCGGGGGCCCAUACAUGUUAUACAAGGACUCAUGUAACUCCAAAUCUAAUCAACAGAACUUAGGAGUAAUCAAAUCUUCAAAUUUAUGUUGUGAAAUUGUUGAGUACUCGUCUCCGGAGGAAACUGCAGUGUGCAAUUUAGGUUCCUUGGCUUUGCCAUCUUUCGUCUCUUUAGACGAUAAAAAUGGUACUGUUAGGGUAGAUUUUCAAAAGUUACAUUCAGUUACUAAGAUUUUAACCAAAAAUUUAAAUAAAGUCAUAGAUGUCACAAAAUACCCUGUUCCUUCUGCAGAACUUUCCAAUAAGCGCCAUAGACCUGUCGCAGUUGGUGUUCAAGGCUUGGCUGAUUUAUUCUUGGAGCUAAGGUUACCAUUUGAUUCAGAUGAGGCUAAAUUGGUCAAUAUCCAAGUUUUCGAAACUAUAUACCAUGCAGCAGUAGAAGCGUCAGUUGAGUUGGCUAAACUCGAAGGUAAAUAUCAAACUUUCGAAGGUUCACCUGCAUCAAAGGGUUUACUUCAAUUUGAUUUAUGGAAGCAUGAACCAAGCAGUCUUUAUACAGAUUGGGACCAAUUGAAAGCAGAUAUUCAGGAGUAUGGACUUCGUAACUCCUUACUCGUUGCACCCAUGCCAACUGCUUCUACUUCCCAAAUUUUGGGUUUCAAUGAAUGCUUUGAACCUUAUACUUCCAAUAUAUACACUCGCAGAGUGCUAUCGGGAGAAUACCAAAUUGUGAACAAGUAUCUACUUAGAGAUUUAAUUGACUUAGGUUAUUGGAAUUCUAGCAUAAAAGACAAAAUACUAGUAGACAACGGAUCAAUCCAGGGUAUUGAAGGAAUCCCAGAAGAAAUCAAACGAUUAUACAAAACCGUUUGGGAAAUAUCUCAGAGAACUAUUAUUGACAUGGCUGCUGAUAGGGCUCGUUUCAUAGAUCAGCUGCAAAGUAUGAACAUUUAUAUGAAAGAUCCAACUUUAGGAAAACUUACUAGUUGCCAUUUUUAUGGUUGGGAAAAGGGUUUGAAAACCGGUAUGUACUACCUUAGAACGCAAGCAGCAUCCAGGGCCAUCCAGUUUACUGUCAAUCACGCUAAACAAGAAGGUCUUCCAAAAUUGCUGCCCAAAGUAAUUUCAAGUUUGAAGAGAAAUAAGUAUGAAAGCGUUAAGCAAGUUGGAAAGAGGCAACUGUAUUUGCAGGACGAAACCGAUCGGAGACUAAAGCAAAGGAACGUUGAGCCUUCAUACUAUGCCACACUAUCUCAAACUCCUGACCUAGAUGUCGAAGGUAAUUUGGAGGAGACUUAUGAUAUCCAUGAUACAACACCAAUUGCAUGUGAUAUCAAAGACCCUGGCAAUUGUGAAUCCUGCUCAGGUUAG